AUGGCAUACACCAACCGUUCCGAGGCAGACUUCCAAACCAGGUACAGCACCCCUGAGCCAGAUUUGGACGACCACCGCUUCCAGUCCGAGAGCCUGCCACCUGCAGCUGAGUUCCAGCAGCAACGCCGAGGGACACUUGCAAGCAUCGUUGACGUCGAUCGUCCUGUUCGACCUCAGAUCACUGUCCAAGGAAGUUCGCAAGGACCGACCAUUCGCGACUUCGAAAAUGCAAUUGACGACAACCAGAGUGUGCGAAGCAAGAGGUCGGCACGCUCGGACAGGCUGCGCUCCGCUGAUGAAGAUUGGCACAGAGAGAGGCGCGAUACCAACGCAUUGAGUCCCAACAGCCCAAUUGCUCCACGCCGCGCGACGUUCCGUCGUGCUAUGCACGGCAGCCGAGAUGAAGGCGAUGGAGAUUCUAUCCGGUCUCAAGCCGCGCAGUCAGACCGUUCAACAUCCCCUCCAAACUCAGUUGAUGCCUUUGCGCCAGCGAAGCGUGGCAGAUCCGGCACCGUCAACAGCAAGGCGCCAUCCAUUGGACCGGGAUCCAUCCAUCGCACCAACUCGAACGCAACCGCAUCACGCCGGCGACCAACGUUUGGUGAAGAUGCAGAGCGCCUUGGAGGAGGCUCGGUCAUUGCGGCCAACAUGCGGUCAGACGUGGCCUCUAUUCGCAGCUCCGUUGAGGACGAUGUGUGUUUUCCACCAGAGGAGCCGCCCAACACGUACACGAUCGACUUUGAGGAUUUAGAGGAAUUCGUUGCUACCACGCAUGCAAAGACACCUGCCGCGCAUCCCUUCAUGCCGCAAGCUGCCAAGCACAAUGAGCAACAGAAGAAGGAAUUUCUUGACUUGAGCAAGAACGGCCACCUGAACGAUUACUUUGCGAAUAUCGAAAAGCGCGUCAUCAACGGCAUCACUGGGGAUAAGCUUGACAAUGAGGAGAAGGUCAACUCGAGCGAUUCGUCGGACGAAAUGAUGCAUCGUGUGGCCAGCAACGGUGAGCAGGUCAACAGGUGGACAUUCUUCUCCUCGGAGAUUGACGAGACCAUUCAUGCGCCUGAACUUGGCGGUCUGCUCAUGCCUGGCGAGACAUUUCGUGACAUCUUUGAGCUUGGUCCUGAAGGCGGCGUCUGGUGGCUUGAUAUGCUCAACCCAUCCGAAGAAGAGAUUCAGGUCAUAUGCUCGGCUUUCCGUGUCCACCCUUUGACGCGAGAGGACAUCACCACCCAAGAGACCCGCGAGAAGGUUGAGCUGUUCAAAAGCUACUACUUCCUUUGCUUCCGUAGCUUCUAUGCGCUGGACAAGGAGAGCGAUGACUACUUGGAGCCAAUCAACGUCUACGCUGUGGUAUUCCGCGAAGGUCUUUUGACUUUCUCUUUCUGCCAGAACAACCACGCAUCGACUGUUCGAAAGCGUAUUGGACGACUUCGCGAUUACGUGAACCUCUCUGCCGACUGGGUCUGUUACGCCUUGAUAGAUGAGAUUGUCGAUUCCUUCGGCCCUGUUCUCCGCGAGCUUGAGACCGAAACCGACACGAUCGAGGACUCAGUCUUCACCGCACGCUUUGAAGACUCUCGAACCAUGCUCAAGCAGAUCAGCGAGUGUCGAAAGCGGAUUAUGGCUCUCUCUCGACUGCUCGGCGGCAAAGCAGAUGUGAUCAAGAGCUUCGCCAAGAAGUGCAACGAAUCGUACUCGGUCGCGCCCCGUGGCGAUGUGGGACUCUACCUCAGUGACGUUCAGGAUCAUAUUGUCACCAUGAUGUCCAACCUUGGUCACUUCGAAAAGAUGCUGAGUCGGAGCCACAGCAAUUACCUCGCUCAGAUCACGCUUCAACACACCGAGCAGGGUUCCCAAGCUAACGAGCUGCUGGGCAAGAUUACGGUCCUUGCGACUGUCCUGGUCCCGAUGAAUUUGAUCGCUGGUCUCUUCGGUAUGAAUGUCAAAGUUCCAGGCGCAGGGCAGGAGACGUUGGCUUGGUGGUUUGGAAUCGUCGGGGUCGAUUUUUGCUUCGGUAUCACUUGUCUUUUUCUUGCGAAGAGGUUCAGGUUCAUCUAG